GUACUUCUCGAGCUUUGAGACGUAGGCUUUACUAACAGCAAAGUAGUAUCUUCCGAUGGCGGUCUCCUCGCCGCGCCACUGGUGCUCGCACGCGUCAUGGUGCCUCGUGCUCGGCCUGCUGCUGCUGUCGUUGUCCGCGACGGCGACGGCUCAGCCGACGAAGGCGCAGUAUCUAAGCGAGCUGAACACGCUCGUCGCAAGGCUCAAAAAGCAAAGCUGUAACAUCAUGGCGGAAGCAGUGUCACAAUUCAUUUCGCAAGUUGCCUGACAUGAGCCCACCUUCCUCACCCCACCCGGGCUUUUCCUCUCCUCUUGUUAUCCCCCCCUCCCCC